AUGGGUGGAAAAGUCUUUUCUCAGCCCAAGGGUGAUCUUCCCGCCUUACAUACCCCUCGAAUGAGUAAGGCAGUUCACUCUCACCUCAGAGACUUCUGCAUCCAACAACUUCGGCUUUGUUUUGAAGAUGUCGUCGCGCCAGCAGAAGCUCCAGAGAAAGCCAAUUAUGGGGACGUAGACACCUUGGUAUCAAAGCCUCUCCCUGGAUUUUCAUGGGACGAAGUAGCUGGGCUUCUGAAGGCACAUCGCACAGAGAAGUUCGGCGAAUCGCGCUGUUUUGCGGUUCCUAUUUCUCUUAACAAUAACGACAGCGACGAAACUCCUUAUGCUCAAGUUGACGUGCAUAUCUGCCACCCCGGGUUCAUUGAAUGGGAGUGUCUACUAGAUGCUUACGGGGAUAUGUGGCAGAUCGUUGGCAAGUUUUUGAGGCCGCUAGGUUUGACAGCCACAGACAAGGGCCUUCACAUCCGAAUUGAAGAAAUUGAGCCCAAAAAUCGAGCAUACAGCAAGAUAUAUCUCACACACAAUGUAAAUGAUGUGCUUGAUUUCUUAGGACUGGACCUGAAGCAAUACCAGGAGGGUUUUGAUACUAUGGACCAACUCUAUCGCUGGUGUUCCAGCGGAAAGUUUUUUCACCCAAGUGCGUUUAAGUUUACUUACGAAACAGCAAAUGACCGACAGAGAUAUAAAAAGAGGAUCAUGUUCCAGACUUUUGUCGAUGAAUGGCUCCCUGAGCAUGCCGAUUUAUGGCAUGGUAGGGAGCCAAUGACAAGAGAGACCGUGGCAGAACACGCAUUGAUCCGUUUCGAUAAGAGGGAAGAGUAUGACAAGAGAAUUUCAACGUGGAGAUUAAAGAUUAAAGAGGAAGAGCUGUGGAAUGAAAUCUCAACUGCCCUUUCCGAGGAGUAUUCCGGGGAUAUUGCGCUCAUACUUCGAGGAUUCAAGCGAUGGGUGCAGUUCACUACCGAGGAGGUGAACAAUAGCGACCAACUGCCUAAUCCAUCUUUCCGAGAGACUGCGGAAAUGGAAGUUGAUCGCCAGCCUCGCUGGGCAUCCCAGAUUUCGUCGGAGAACAGUAAAGCCCACGUCUUCAACUGGGUACGGCAAGUUUGGCCACAGGUUCAAACAUUAGAGAAAGAGAGAAUUAAAGCGGCGAAAGCAGCGCGGUCCUGA